AUGGAGCAUCGUUUACGAAACUGGAUUGAGUUGAACCGACCAGACCUUCAAGAUACCGCCGUUCACGCCCUGAAACUAGUCGAAAACCAGGACAACCUCUUCACAUACAUGUUCCUAGUGACACUUCAACCUGCCUUCAAACCUCGAGAAAAGAACAUCGACCCUCGAAAGGCAUUCGUUAUUCAUGUCCUGGAACCAGUUCGAAUGGACGAAUUCCUCCCAAAGGACCCCGGUAACCAGGUCGCUAUCAACUCGCUGAAACAGAAAGGAAAAGACCUCAGGAAACAGGGCUAUGUUGGUCUGGUCAUGAUGCAAAUCAUGGUCACUGACCCGAUACCGUUGGCCCACAUGUCCCCCUUUGGCGUUGCCGACAUCGAGACCCACAAACCGUACGAUCCAAACUGGAAGGAAAACUUUACUAAGAAAGCCAGCGCCUUUCCUGGCUUCGUCCUGCCACUCUCUCCCCAAUGCCCGCUCAAGUAG